AGGCCGCGGCGGGGCAGGGCGGGGACUGCCUGCCCGCCUGGGUUGCGGAAGUGGUAGCCGCUGACCGAGCCUGCUGCUUUCUCGCUACUGCUUCGGCUUCCCGGCUCCCCCCUGGACGGAGAGGGCGACCCGGCUGUGGAUGGUCAGAUAGCUCCGAUCUCCCGCCGCUAAUCCCUGGCCCCAAUCAGCACGGAGCAGACGGCGGCAGCGGCAGUAGCAGGCGAGGAAGAUGGCGGGACGGCUGCCGGCCUGUGUGGUGGACUGUGGCACGGGGUAUACAAAACUAGGAUAUGCUGGAAACACAGAACCACAGUUUAUCAUUCCUUCCUGUAUUGCUAUUAAGGAGUCCGCAAAAGUGGGUGAUCAAGCUCAAAGGAGGGUGAUGAAAGGUGUUGAUGACCUAGACUUCUUUAUUGGUGAUGAAGCAAUAGAAAAACCUACGUAUGCAACAAAGUGGCCAAUUCGCCAUGGUAUAGUUGAAGAUUGGGACUUGAUGGAAAGGUUUAUGGAACAAGUGAUCUUUAAAUAUUUAAGGGCAGAACCAGAAGACCAUUAUUUUCUUUUGACUGAACCUCCACUGAAUACUCCAGAAAACAGGGAAUAUACUGCUGAAAUAAUGUUUGAGUCCUUCAAUGUUCCAGGCUUGUACAUUGCUGUGCAGGCUGUUCUUGCCUUAGCUGCAUCUUGGACCUCAAGACAAGUAGGAGAACGGACAUUGACCGGUACAGUAAUAGACAGUGGAGAUGGUGUCACCCAUGUCAUUCCUGUGGCUGAAGGGUAUGUGAUUGGCAGCUGUAUUAAGCACAUUCCAAUCGCAGGACGAGAUAUAACAUAUUUUAUUCAGCAGUUGCUGAGAGACCGAGAAGUAGGAAUCCCUCCAGAGCAAUCCUUGGAAACUGCUAAGGCAGUAAAGGAGCGCUAUAGUUAUGUCUGCCCAGAUUUAGUAAAAGAAUUUAACAAGUAUGACACAGAUGGAUCAAAGUGGAUUAAGCAAUAUACUGGAAUCAAUGCUAUCUCAAAGAAAGAAUUUUCUAUUGAUGUUGGUUAUGAGAGAUUCUUGGGACCUGAAAUCUUUUUUCAUCCAGAGUUUGCUAAUCCAGACUUUACUCAACCUAUCUCAGAAGUUGUAGAUGAAGUAAUUCAGAAUUGCCCUAUUGAUGUCAGACGUCCUCUCUACAAGAAUAUUGUCCUCUCUGGAGGUUCAACCAUGUUCAGGGACUUUGGACGUCGCUUGCAAAGAGAUUUGAAAAGAACUGUAGAUGCCAGGCUGAAAUUAAGUGAGGAAUUGAGUGGUGGCAGAUUGAAGCCAAAACCUAUUGAUGUACAAGUCAUUACACACCACAUGCAGCGAUAUGCAGUUUGGUUUGGAGGAUCCAUGCUGGCUUCCACGCCCGAGUUCUACCAAGUAUGCCACACCAAAAAGGAUUAUGAAGAAAUUGGACCUAGCAUUUGUCGUCACAAUCCAGUGUUUGGAGUCAUGUCGUAAAAUUGAUUUCAUAAUUAUUGGGGUUAGGGAGGUGGGGAAGAAAUAAUCUUUCUGAUUACCUGUUUUGUCUGGAUGGCUGGUUUUGAGGUUUUAAACCUGACUUGAAGUAAGAAGACCAAACAUAAUUAUACAGGAAUAUUUUAAUAAGUAUAUCAACAUGAGAAUGUAGAGGAGAGCCAAAAUGAUUAAGUGUUUUUCUUUAGACUGGAUAUUUGAAUCUUAUGUGUAACAAAAAGAAGUGGGUUUUAGUUCUUUCUGUGCCCCUGAUAUUUUGUAUAUUAUUGAAUUAUCCAAGAUUUGAUGGGAUUUAUCGGUAUGUAGAUAGCUCUAUAAUGCUUGAGUUGUACACUUCUAAGUGUGCAAUGCAAGAGCUUGUUUAUAUUUCAUACUUUUUAUACUUUGAGGAAAAAAGUCAAAGAAAAACUAGUAUUUGAGGAAAAACAAGUGACCAAGUAAAGGAUAAAUUAAGAAAAAAAAAAAGCCUCAUGAGACUUGGCGUACACACACACUCAUGGGAUUCCAGUUAUUACAAAUGGCUUCCACCCCCUUGUACCCCACAGUGGUUUUCUUUGCAAGUGCUUUUGGAACUAAGAAGCUAGUAUCUUGGAUUAACUGAUGCCCACUAGUGCUUUCUGAUUACUCGAAUCCUGUUUCUUGCUUUAAAGAAAAAGUAAAGAUAAGACUGUUGGACCAGUACUGCAGUUCUGUAGUGUCAUUUCUUAUUAAAAAUAAAUAAUUUGAUUACCAAAAUUGGUAUAUUUAAAGCCUAACACCAUUCUAAUAAAGGCACAGAUUUCUUUUUAA